CUCUUCUCGAGUGUCUAUCGGUCGGUCAUUGUCAGGUCAUUCUAUCCCGACUCUAUUCCAAGAGGACUUCAUCCCAUCAUCGGUCUAGACCAUCAAUAUCAUGAUGCCAUCCCCGUUGCCAACCUCCGAAUGCAGCACUAAUUGCCUAAUCAGGCCAUGAUCGGUGCUUGGUUUCACAUCGUGCAUUCUGGAUGACGACACCCAAGAGCUCUUCUCGCGCCGCCCUUAUCUCGACACCUCACUCGCCAACUCACUAUCUCUCCAUCCACCAGGUCCUCUUUAGCGAAUUCCUUCUCCGACCAACUCGAAACAUUCUUUCCCACCCCUGCGAGUCUCCGGAUUCCUGCGUCGUUAAUUCAUCGUCCUAGAUUGCCCUGCUGCCGUUUAUCCCUAGCGUCUGAGACAUCUCCCAUGGCAGACAAAUCAUACCCCAUCCCUGGGGACGAUUUCUCUCGCUACGGCGGCGCCACUUCGCAUCUUCCGAAGCUGGAAGUCGACGACCUUCAACAUGCAGGCCCUCCGCCUCCUCCCGGCACCGUCCACAAUCCUCCGCCGCCACCGCCGGAUGCACCGUGGUAUGACCCGCGCGGGUGGUCGCUGCGGACCAGGCUGAUUGCCGGCGUCGUGGUGGUCGUGGUCAUCGUCGCUGUCAUCGUAGGAGCGGUCGAGGGGACCAAAGCAAACCGAUACCCGGACUACACGCAAUUGGAUUACAAGCUGGUCGACACGUACUCGGGGACGUCGUUUCUGGACCGCUUCAAUUACUUCUCGGACGAGGACCCGACAAACGGAUUUGUCCAGUACGUCGACCAAACGGCCGCCAAUGCGCUGAACCUGACGCACGCCACGGACUCGUCCGUCGUCUUGAAGGUCGACACGUCGAAUGAAUUCGCGGCUAACGGCCGACAGUCUGUGCGACUGGAGUCCAAAACCACCUACGACAGCGGCCUCUUCAUUUUCGACAUCCUCCACACGCCGUAUGGAUGCGGGACGUGGCCGGCGCUGUGGCUAACCGAUCCCGUCAAUUGGCCGACAAACGGCGAGAUCGACGUCAUGGAGACGAACAACAAGGCGACCGAAGGCAACGCCGUCACCCUGCACACCACCAGCGGCUGCAACAUGAAAGUCAAGCGGAAGCAGACCGGCAGCGUGGCGUACAGCACCUGCGACAACAGCACGAAUGGGAACGCAGGAUGCGGCGUGCAGGGCGAACCAGAGACAUCGGGGCAGGCAUUCAACGAGAAUGGCGGCGGGAUCUACGCUCUAGAACUUCGCAGCGCAGGCAUCCGCGCCUGGUUCUUCACCCGCGACACAGUCCCGGACGACAUCUCCAACUCCAGCGGGAGUCCAGACCCCUCAACCUGGGGCACCGCGCUGGCCGACUUCCCCAACACGGACUGCGACAUAUCCUCGCACUUCAGCAACCAGAGCAUCGUGGCCAAUAUCGCUCUCUGCGGGGACUUGGGCGCCCAGCCGCAGUUCUACAAAGACCAGUACCACUGUCCGGGAACGUGCAGUAAUUUCGUGGCGCAUAAUCCAGCGAACUUUACGCAGGCGUAUUGGGAGUUUCGGGAUUUUAAGGUUUAUCAGGCUCAGUAGAUUCAUACUGUAUUGUCGUGGAGUCUUUCUUCUUCGGCGUUUUGGAUGGAAUGGCGUUUUGCUCGUUUGUUUCCUUUAUGAUUGCUUUUAGAGAUACUUGUAACGAGGGUUUGUAUAGCCAGCUUGACUGGCAUGAUGAUUGUAGAUCAGAUAGAAUUGUU